AGGGAAGCUAAACAGAGGUAGAAAUUCAUGCUUCAAACCUGAGCGGCUCAGCAGCGGUGGGACUUGGGAGAAGAGGUUCACAGUGGAUGCCAACAGGGAGACAAUCAUCACCCAUCACUUUGAAGGACAUCAUAGUGGGGUUUCCUUACGAUACAUUAAUCAUAUUAUUGCAAAAUAAGAUUGGUUUCGGUGGGUAAUGUUAUAUGGGGCAAGUCUGUAAUUGUAGUUCCCCACAAAUCUCUUUAAAUUGCUUGGAAUCCACAUUCAGGGGAAAAGGCUGUGUAGUCAGGAAGGAUGAUGGUCUAAAGGACCUGCUCUGUCUCUAUCUCAUGACUCCCCUUCUUACUACCAAACAUUAAUACUAUGCCCAUUGCAAUACCAGCCUGGAGAGGAUUCUCUCCAUCUCUCCUGGGUGAUAAAAAGCGUUUUUCAUUGUUUUCAGACUUCAAUCUGGUUCAGAAACAGCCCCACCCUGAAUAAAGAAGGAAGGAAAGAUCAUACAUGUUCCUUGUGGACUUCUCAGGUGGAACCCUCAGAGAUAGGAUGUAUCAUGGCUGAGGCUGGAUGGUUCCAUGAUUUGGGUUAAAGCCUCCAUAUCUGGGGAAUAAGAGAAAGUUUGGGUGGGAAGUUCUUGGGAGGUUAGUGUACCAAAGCAUCAUGGUAUAAGCCAGGAUAGGUAUGGAGAUACAAGAAACUGAUCUGAGGGACCAGAGGAAGAACCAAAAUCAACAAUCAUGGCACAAGAAAAAACAAGCAUCAUAAAAUGUUUCUGAGAAUCUAGUAUGGAAACUACCACCAUUCAUGAAGAUCAACAAUGAUGGAAAGAACAUUGACUCUGGAAUCAAAGGACCUGGAUUCUAAUUCCAUCUAUGAUAAUUUUGUGAAAUCUUAGAGCAAUCCAUGAAGGCUGAAUGAUCUCUGGUUUUUCAAGACCUGCAAGAAAUGAGUUGUCAUCCUGGUGGAGUCCAGCUUUCAGCAGUGUGGGAGGCUCAGCUGUGGUGAGCCAGAGACCGGGAAUGUUCAUCUCCCUUGCUCCCUUGGCAAACCCCAGAGAAGGCACCAGCCGAGCCAUUUUCACAGGCUCCUGAUUCCAGUCACCCAGAAUGAAGGGAACGACAAGUUUCCCAACCUUGGGCCUGUGGCAUUCUGGGGUAAUGAGGAGCAGAGAGAGGCUGAGCCUUGGCGACAAGCCCAAUGAUACGUAUUGCUACAGCACUGUCAACAACACCAGCACCGUGCUCCAGGGAGUGACCUUUGGUGGAGUUCCCACUGUCCUGCUCAUAGAUGUCAGCUGCUUCUUGUUUUUAAUAGUUGUGUUUUCCAUAAUUCGAAGAAGAUUUUGGGACUAUGGCCGCAUCGCACUGGUGUCAGAAGCAGACAGAGAGUCCAGAUACCAGAGACUGUCUUCGUCUUCUUCAGGGCAUCAUGAUUUUGAAUUGGAUCUGGGGUGUUGUUCAUGGCUAACUGCUGUUUUCCGAAUGCAAGAUGAACAUAUCCAGGAGUGGUGUGGAGAUGAUGCCAUACACUACCUGUCCUUUCAACGCCAUAUCAUCUUCCUGCUGGUGGUGAUCAGCUUCCUGUCUCUGUGUGUCAUCCUGCCUGUCAAUCUCUCUGGCGAUUUACUGGAUAAAGAUCCUUACAGUUUUGGGAGGACGACGAUAGCAAAUCUGCAGACUGGAAAUGACCUGCUCUGGCUGCACACCAUCUUUGCCGUCAUCUACCUGCUGCUCACUGUUGGCUUCAUGAGGCAUCAUACCCAGUCCAUCAAGUACAAAGAUGAAAACCUGGUGAGGCGCACGCUGUUUAUUACAGGACUCCCCAAAAACACCAGGAAAGAGACGUUAGAAAGCCACUUCAGAGAUGCCUAUCCCACCUGUACUGUAGUAGAGGUCCAACUAUGCUAUGAUGUCGCGAAGCUAAUUUAUCUGUGUAAUGAAAGAAAAAAAGCUGAGAAAAGCCUGAACUAUUACACCAAACUGCAGGAGAAGACCGGCGAGUGCACAUUCAUCAACCCCAAGCCCUGUGGCCAGUUCUGUUUCUGCGAGAUCCAGGGGUGUGAGAAGGAAGAUGCCAUCAUCUACUACACCCGGAUGAAAGACAGGCUGCUUCAAAGGUUAUCGCAGGAGGAACGCACAGUUCAGGAUCACCCCUUGGGAAUGGCCUUUGUCACCUUCCAGGAGCAGUCCAUGGCUACCUUCAUCCUCAAGGAUUUCAACGCUUGCAAGUGUCAGGGCUGUAGUUGCAAAAAUGAGCCACAGCCCUCGUCCUACAGCAAAGAACUCUGCCCCUCCAGCUGGACUGUUGCCUUUGCCUCCUAUCCAGAGAACAUUUGUUGGAAGAAUCUUUCCAUUCAGGGCUUUCGAUGGUGGUUCCAGUGGUCAGGCAUCAAUUUCAUCCUGUCGGUGGUAUUGUUCUUCCUGACUACUCCUUCGAUCAUCAUCUCCACCAUGGACAAGUUCAAUGUCACCAAACCCAUUCAUGCCCUAAAUGACCCAAUAAUCAGUCAGUUCUUCCCAACACUCCUUCUGUGGUCCUUCUCUGCACUGCUGCCUUCCAUCGUCUACUACUCCACACUGCUGGAGUCACACUGGACCAAGUCAGGAGAAAACAGAAUAAUGAUGAUCAAGGUGUACAUUUUCUUGAUUUUCAUGGUGCUGAUCCUCCCUUCUCUGGGUCUUACCAGUCUAGAUUUUUUCUUCCGGUGGUUAUUUGACAAAGCUUCCUCUGAGACCUCAGUCAGAUUGGAGUGUGUCUUUCUGCCUGACCAAGGAGCCUUCUUUGUGAACUACGUCAUCGCCUCAGCCUUUAUUGGUAAUGGCAUGGAGCUCCUGCGGCUGCCUGGGCUCAUUCUCUACACCAUCCGCAUGAUCAUGGCCAAGACAGCUGCUGACCGAAGGAACCUCAAACAGAAUCAGGCAUUUGAGUACGAGUUUGGAGCUAUGUACGCAUGGAUGCUAUGUGUUUUCACUGUCAUCAUGGCCUACAGUAUUACCUGCCCCAUCAUUGUCCCUUUUGGUCUUAUCUAUAUCCUCCUCAAGCACCUGGUAGAUCGGCACAACCUGUACUUUGCCUAUCUCCCUACCAAACUGGAAAAGAAGAUCCAUUUUGCUGCUGUAAACCAGGCCCUGGCUGCACCCAUCCUCUGCCUCUUCUGGCUGUACUUUUUCUCCUUCCUGAGGUUAGGUUUCCAGGCGCCCACAAGCCUAUUCACCCUGCUGGCAGUGCUGCUCACCAUCGCUGUCUGCAUAGGCUACACCUGCUUUGGCUGCUUCAAGCACCUCAGCCCCCUGAAUUACAAGACAGAUGAAUCGGCAAACGACAAAGGAAAUGAAACAGACGGACGCCUCCCUCCCAGAGCUGCUAUGUAUGUGCCCAGGGUCCUGAGCAGCUUGGCCUCAGAGAGGACUGCCUUGUCCCCACAGGAUCAGCAGACAUAUGGCGCCGUCCAGAACAUCAGUGGGACCCUCCCUGGACAUCACUCUCCAAAGCCUUCAGACUUUGCUCCUUCCUUGGAUGACUGAAAUAAACCUAACCCAGGAUGAGCAUGAAUGGGGUGGAGCCCUCCAUCUGGCUCUGGGGAGGAGAAGCUAGACGGACACAGCUUGGUUCCAAGCACCUCGGCUUUUUCCUUCUUUCCUUUUGUCCCAUUUUAAGUUCCAUUUUCCUAGGACAGGACAAGCCAAAUGGCUCACAAAAUCAGGGGCCCAUCUGAGAGGGUGGUUAAGGCUUCUGGCCCAAACUGCUUGGUGGACAUCCCCUAGAUGGCCGGUAGGAGGGGCAACCCCAGAUUUCUGGAUUCCCAAUAGUCCCUUUUGAGAGGGUUUCCCCUCCAGCUCCUGGCAAUGCUGCCCCUAUGGUGCCAGAAUAUAUAGCUCACUGCCUGCAACGAUGUACUUUAAUUAAGGGUUCAUGUUAGAUUGUGGCCCUGGACAAACAAUCCAGGGCACUGGAGCCAGGACUGGGAAUAAGAGAGUGGGGCCAGGGCAGCCUGGAACAGGAAGUUGUGUCCCUCCUGAGCCCUGGCACUAACAUGUAUAUCCAAAUACACAUAUUCCAGUUGUUUGCAAACAGCCUUCAGAGGCAAAGGUUGCUGGGUAGGUUUCCAGAGAAAGGGGACUGCUCUUAGUAUAGGCUUCCCUUUGCACCAGUGUUUUCCCACCUGCUGGGGAGUCCCCAGUUUAUUGGGCACUGGGCCUCCAUGUGCUCGAGACCUUCCCAGUAGCUGCCCCAGGGGCCUUGGUGAUGAAGGGGAGGGGAAGGUGGUUUCACAGCUCAUCUCUUCUUGGGUUCUUGGAUUGAAUGCCAACUCCAUCCACAGCAUCAUGGCUCCUUGCCUACAGCUGCCUUAUUGCUUGUGUUGGUUCUUGGGCUUUUCUGUUGCCUCAGAUGUCAGUGACACUGCCAGCCAGGUCACUGCCAGCCAGGGCUUGUGUCAUAGUGGCCCAAGGAUGACGAUGGUGGUCCCUUAAUAAAGCAUGGAAUAGAGUGCACA